GCAGCUAUGACCACAUAACUUUAGGUUGUAGUCAGCUGUACAAGGAAGAAUAAACGGAGGUGUUCUUCUGUAAAUGCAGAAGUUACAUGUAUAACGAUGCCUGGAUCCCAAGGAGUUGCCGCUUUGUGCGAAAAUCCCAUCGAGGUGUUUUUGGACGUUUCUAAAUUGCUUAUAACGUAUGCGGAUAAUAUUCUUAGGAACCCAAAUGAGGACAAAUACAGAUCAAUCCGCAUUGGGAACCCAACAUUCUCCACCAAGCUUCUGCCUGUCAAAGGAGCAGUUGAAUGCCUCUUUGAGAUGGGAUUUGAGGAGGCUGAAACCCACCUGGUGUUUCCUAAGUCAGCAUCUGUGGAGAAGCUUAGACAGGUGAGAGAGACCAUUGCAGCCGAGAGAGACCAGAGGCUCGGAGGGACCAAAGCUACAUCCAACCCACAAAGUGGCAGAGUCACUGCAAGUCCUGCUCCACCACCACCAUCCUCCGCUGCUUCUGCCCCACCACCACCAUCAUCCUCCGCUGCUUCUGCUAGCCCAGCACUCGCUGCUCCUGUCCCUACACCUGGACCAGCAGCUUUACCAUUCACUUCAAGCAGUGUGACAUUCCUCAGAACUCUGCAAUCAAACUUCCAACAUGUGAUGGUGUAUGAGAGCCCUGAAUUGCAGCAGAAAGCCCUGAGCUGCAUACCUCAUGUACUGCUCAGAUCCAAUGCUAAAGAACGGCUGAAACGAGCCAAAGAUGCAGAUCCUGCAUGUGGUUUAGAAGAAGAGGACAUGUUGGUUCUAGACCUGUUGCAGUGGUUUAAAGGGGACUUCUUUUCCUGGGUGGACAGUCUGCCGUGUAGCCGGUGUGGAGGUAAAACCCAGGCUUCCGGAUCCUUACCCCCUUCAAAUGAUGAUCUGCGCUGGGAUGCAGGCCGUGUAGAGAACCACUACUGUCAGACCUGUCAACUCUCCACUAGAUUCCCACGAUACAAUCACCCAGAGAAGCUCCUUGAGACCAGGAGGGGGCGCUGUGGAGAAUGGGCAAAUUGUUUUACACUGUGCUGCCGUGCUUUAGGCCUAGAAGCAAGGUACAUCUGGGACAGCACAGAUCACGUCUGGACAGAAGUGUAUUCUCAGUCGCAGCGACGCUGGCUACACUGCGACCCCUGUGAAAAUGCAUGCGAUAAACCUCUCCUGUAUGAAGUCGGCUGGGGGAAAAAGCUCUCCUACAUCCUGGCAUUCUCUAAAGACCAGGUUGUAGAUGUGACUUGGAGGUACUCCUGUAAACACUCGGAGGUCCUUUCUAGACGCACGCAGGUUUCGGAAACAUGGUUGCUGCGUACUCUUAAUAACCUUAAUGCUUCGAGGCAGCAGUCUUUAGGACCAGAGAGGAAGAAACAGCUGUUGGAAAGGCUGCUGGUGGAACUAGUAGAGUUCAUUUCUCCCAAGACCCCUAAAUCUGGAGAGCUGGGCGGUCGCAUCACAGGAUCUUUGGCGUGGAGGGCUGCUCGAGGGGAGACGGGUGCAAGCAAAACUAAAGCUGAUGCAGAUGAAUGUGUCUUCAUUCCUUUAGAAUCGGAGAAGCAAAAAAUGUUGUUCCACAUUAGUUACAAUGUGGCCAAAGACUGUUACUUUAGACUGAGCAACGGCUCAGAUACCAUCCCAGGAUGGCAGAGGGGACUUUGGAGGAAAGAAAAUGUGUUCAGGAAAGAGGAACAUGACUGGCAGAUGGUGUAUCUGGCACGGACGGAAGGAUCCUCUAUUGGGAAGAUUAGCUGGAAGUUUGACUGUGCUUCUGUAGGAAUGAAGAUCAAAUCCGUGUCUGUCCGAGCCUUCAGUCAAACCUAUCAUUCAGGCAGCGUGUGCUGGAGUUUACGCUCUGCCCAGACCACCGUUGACUUCCCUGGAGAUGGUGAAAUGCACUCAGCCGCGAGUCUGUCUGGAGGUACAGAGCUGGUUGUGGAGGGGGAGCUCACGGGAGGGGAAGGAGAUGUGUCGUGGCAACACGCUCAGCUGUUCAGACAGAGUCUGAAGGAAACCGAGAAGGUUUUGUUUGAGCUUUUGAUUGAAAUGGAGCAGUCUUGAUGAAACCAUUCAAGAGAAUUUUAGGGUAUUCGUUUAAUAAACACAAGAACGGAAUCAGA